AUGGCGUCAAAACCUCCAUUUACCAAUUUGCAGCUGGUGGAGCGUGUCGACAGCUGGCCUUACUUUGCCAAAGACCCAGAUGCCUAUCGGCAGAACAUGCAAAACUACCAUUACUUUCUCAUUGAGGGUUAUGACAAGCCCCUCGGCUACGUUCACAACCAAUUCGUCGAGGAAAUGGACUGGCCAGACUGCUGGAAGAUAGAUUCUGAAAAGCGACUCUUGACUCUUGUCUCUGCAACUGACUUCGAAACACGAAGUCGACUCAUGAACGAGACACUCCGCAAGAAUCACAAGUCCCAGAAGGUCCCCGAGUUGGCACGCUGGUCGGACGAGGACUUCCCAAUAUACUCUGCCACCGGAGAGCAUGUCCUCACCAUGAACGGGUGUGGCGUAGAUAUGUUCGGCAUUGUCAACUUUUCUGUCCACAUGAUCGGCUGGGUAAUGACUGCUGAGGGUGUCAAGAUUUGGGUUCCUCGCCGGGCAAUGACCAGGAUGAGCUAUCCUGGAAUGCUCGAUAACACCGUUGGUGGAAGUUUGCCUGUGGGAGAGAAACCCAUUGAUGGCAUCGUCAGAGAGUGUGAGGAGGAAAUCUGCCUCGAUCCAAGCUACACCCGUGCCAACAUCAAGCCUUGUGGCACCAACUCCUUCCAGCUAACCCAGACCGACUCGCAACUCACUGCAUGCCAACAUCAAGUGCAGUACCUCUAUGAAAUAGAGCUCCGACAAGAAAUCGUCCCAAAGAUCGGCGAUGGCGAGGUCGGUGAGAUACACUUGAAGACUGUUGAUGAAGUCCAGGAGGCUAUGAAAAACGGCGAGUUUAAGCUGUCUUGCAACAUGACAUAUUUGGCAUUCCUUAUUCGUCACGGCUACAUCAAUGCCGAGAAUGAGCCUGAUCUCCCCGAAAUCUGCGCUCGACUUCAUCGAAAGCACCAGGUUUUUAUCGCCUAG